AAUACACCUCCGCAAGCAUUUGCUUCACUCACCCAAUCUUAUCAUCACCUCAAAUUACAACAUGAGUUCCACAGAAAAAGAGGUGAAAGUAGAGUUCCCUGGACUCAUCCGAGUCUUCAAAGAUGGUUCAGUCGAGAGACUCUUUGGCUCACCUCAUGUUCCUCCUACACUAGAAGACCCUAAAACAGGCGUCUCAUCAAAAGACAUCACAAUCUCCACUGAAAAAAACCUCUUAGCUAGACUCUACCUUCCCAAACUAACAACAACCAACAAAAAACUCCCUAUUUUAGUCUACUUCCAUGGUGGUGGAUUCUGUCUCGAAUCCGCUUUCUCCCUAAUAGACCAUCGUUACAUGAACAACCUUUCGUCACAAGCACAAGUCAUAGUUUUAUCAGUCGAGUACAGGCUCGCACCCGAGCACCCUCUUCCAGCAGCCUAUGAAGACUGCUGGACUGCGCUCAAUUGGGUCGCCUCGUACCCAACUGAUGAGCCUUGGAUAGCUAACCACGCUGAUCUUGAUGCACUCUUUAUUGGCGGUGAUAGCGCAGGUGCUAAUAUUGUACAUAACAUAGCUAUGAAAGCUGGUCAAGAGAGCUUGAAAUGUGGUGUUAAGAUACUAGGAGCUUUCCUUUCACACCCUUAUUUCUUGGAUGAAAAAAGUGUACCAGAGUUGGAGAUGGCUUACAAGAUUUGGGAGUUCGUUUAUCCGAACGCCGCGGGUGGUUUAGAUAGCUAUAUGAUUAACCCAUUGGGUGGUGGAGCGCCGAGCUUGAGUGGAAUUGGGUGUAGUAGGGUUUUUGUUGUGGUGGCUGAGAAAGAUGAGUUGAGAGAUAGUGGAGUAAGGUAUUAUGAAAGUGUUAAAAAAAGUGGGUUUGAAGGGAUAGUGGAAUUGUUUGAAGUGGUAGGGGAAGGUCAUUGUUUUCAUGCGUUUAAUCCGGAUAGUGAUAAUGCUAAGGUUCUUAUCCAACGCCUUGCAUCUUUCCUACAAAAGUGAUGAAAUUGUGAUUUUUGAAUCUAAAUCUUUUGUUGUGUAUUUUGGUGUUACUUGUUUGUGGCUUUAUUUUCUAUUGAUUGUUAUUAUUA